AUGGCUCGACCCAUGGGGUCAGUCCGUCUCAAGAAGGCGAAUCCCCUGACUCUCCUUCUGGGCCUUGUUCUUUGCAUCUUCAUCCUGUUCUUUCUUGUCUCUCCCUCAGGCAAGGCCACGUCGAGCAAAUUGCCCUCCGUCACAGCUGAGCAUCACCUUUCGCCGCCUACCUCACCGUACAAGAAGUCCUCUUCGAAAUCUGGCUUGCAGACCGGCCCCCCGCCCGUUAUUCGAUACAACCUCAAUAAUGUCACUGUGACUCCGAAUCCCAUCGAGAACCAAGAACAUGUCCUCAUCUUGACACCAAUGGCGCGCUUCUAUCAGGAGUAUUGGGACAAUUUGCUUCGCCUGAGCUACCCCCACGAGCUCAUCACCCUCGGCUUCAUCCUCCCCAAGACCAAGGAAGGCAAUGCUGCCACCGCCGCCCUGCAGCAGCAGAUCCAGAAGACCCAAAAGCGCGGCCCGGCAAAGGAUCGUUUCAAGAGCAUCAUCAUCCUGCGCCAGGAUUUUGACCCAGCCAUUGAAUCGCAGGAUGAGAGUGAGCGUCACAAGAUGGCCAACCAGAAGGCAAGGAGGGCAGUCAUGGCCAAGGCCCGCAACUCACUGCUCUUCACCACUCUGGGUCCUGCGACUUCCUGGGUCCUGUGGCUCGACUCUGACGUUAUCGAGAGCCCAGCAAGCUUGAUCCAAGAUCUUGCCCAGCACAACAAGGAUGUCAUUGUUCCCAACUGCUUUCAGCGCUUCUACAAUGACGACAAGAAGAAGAUGGACGAACGGCCAUACGAUUACAAUAGCUGGCAAGACAGUGAUAUCGCCAUGCAGAUGGCUUCCAAGAUGGGUCCUGAUGACAUUUUGCUCGAGGGAUACCCUGAAAUGGCCACAUAUCGGACUCUAAUGGCUCACUUGGCCACCGACGGUGGUGACCAGAAUCUUGCUAUUCCUCUGGACGGCGUGGGAGGGACUGCUUUGCUGGUCAAGGCCGAUGUCCACCGUGACGGUGCCAUGUUUCCCCCGUUUUCCUUUUACCAUCUCAUUGAGACCGAAGGUUUUGCCAAGAUGGCCAAGAGAUUAGGAUGGCAACCUUACGGUCUUCCCAACUACAAGGUACGCACGGCGUCAGUUUAA